UUGAAACAUGGAACGUCCUUCAAUUCGUGUCUUUGUGAGAUGCGUUCUAUUCAUUUGUGUAUUUUUGUCGACCGGAAUUGUGUCUUUUUCAGCCACCAAAACAAGUUCUAAUAUUGAAAAUGAACCACAAAAAGAACCGCAAUCUGUAUCCAGUAACAUUAACAUGGAUGCUGACUUUUCGGAAUCCAGAACUUCAAAUGUGAUUGAGCUUGCGUCAGUGGAAAAUCAAACAGGAUCACAAGAAUUAGAUGCUCUUUUUAUGAAUGAUCCUUGUGCUAAUUUUUCAACUUGCUCAUUUAUUGCUCAGACAAAAACAAAAUUCUGUAAAUGUGAUGAAGACUGUAUAGACUUUAAUGAUUGCUGUAACGGGGUAAUAUUUCCAAAUGCCACACAUGUUGUUAAUGACGCUUAUUUGAGAUACGAAUGUCUACAAAAUAAUAGACACUUGCUGUUUGAUGGUGUUUACGUAAGUACGAAAUGUCCGAAGACCGCCAACUCAGCAGAUAGUUCUUUGUGUGACGUCAGCAGUUUGCUAGAAGUUGGACCAUGGGUUGCAGACGAACAAGGAAGACUCUACAAAAACCGACACUGCGCCAUUUGCAAUGGCGUAUCAGUAUUGACAUUCCUAGAUGUCAAGAUUACAAACGUCGAAAGUGAAAUUCUUAGAGUAAAAUUUGAAAAUUUAACAGCACAUGAGAAAUUGUUUGAAUUGUACUAUGGUAAAUAUACUAACGUAAAAUAUGUAAUACCACCGGAAGUGCAACAAAGAUACUGUUUACCUACUAAAAUUAGUGCGAAGGCAUCCUCUCAAUGCCAACAAUAUGGGACCAGUCCAGUAGAAGCCGAUAUGGUAACCUACAAAAAUAUGUAUUGUGUUCCUACUGAUUACACCUAUUCGUUUUGUUUAGGACCAGGAAUUGAUUUUACUCGCGAUUAUGGUUAUGGUUAUGGUUUGGAUUUGAUGCUUCCACUCACAGUCUUGUUUUCAUUUAAGGAAUCAAAGGAUGCUUGCCAAACUCAGAUCAAAGGGUUAUGUCAAUCUGAAGAAACCUACACCAAUGCAAGAGUAGAAAUCCAAUUUUCUAUCAUAGCAAAUGACACCGUAGAACCAGACGCUUUUAGACAGAUUGCUAUCGGUAUGGUAUUAUCGACCGUAGUUCCAAACAUAACAUACCUGGAUUACAUAUAUGUACCUAAGAUUAGCCAAAAUGUAUCGACACUUCCCCUGGUCAAGGUCAUUUUGUUUAUAAAGUCGGAGUUGACUCUAGAAGAGUACCGAACUUUCCCGCAGACACUGCAAAAUUUGAAAUGGAAAAUGAUCAUGAUUUCGGAAAAAUCAGGCAAGGUUAUUGAAAUGAUCACCGAUGUGAAUGUGCAACAGAGUAGUGUCUUCAAUCAUUUAUAUGAAAUCUACGACACAGACGUUAGCUCAAUCAUACAAGAGUACAGUUUACAGUCCCACAUAUUCUUGGAAAACUUUCCUUGUACAAAUAUAAGUAUCGAUAGCUUUCUUAAUGAUAGUAGACAUCCACAUAUUCUGAGUAUAAAUACCGUUUCAUGUGAAGAUGAACAGAAUGAAAUGCAACAAAAUCACGCACCAAAUCUCGUAAACGAGAAUGAUGAGUAUAUUACUUAUAUUACCUAUACCGGAACAUGUUUGUCUGUCAUAAGCCUAAUCUGUUCUGUCGUUGUGUGCAGGCGUUCUGGUCUGUCGACUUCUAUUCCAGGUUCAAACUUAGAAAAUCUUUCAGUUGCCCUUAUUCUAGCUAAUCUGUUAUUCCUGACUGGCAUAGGAGCUAAAAAGUAUCAAAAUGUUUGCACAGUGAUAGGCAUUGUCUUACAUUAUCUGUGGUUGCUCGUUUUCUCCUUUAUGUCUAUAUCAGUAAUUUACUUGGUCUAUGACGUCAGGAGAAUAAGCAUUAGCACAACAACAAACAAAAGGUGCUGUGUUUGUGCUAAGCACUUUCUAACUAUGGCCGGUUUGUUGUUACCAUUCGUUUUCGUUGUUCCUGCAAUGGUUUUAGAAUUUAUUUUCCCGACCACACAAUUUUCGCCUAACUAUGGCGGAGCGAUCUGUUUUCCAACAGCUUACCCUGCCAAUUUACUCUUUGUCUCUGGCCCUUUAAUGAUUUCUGUCGGUUUAAACAUAAUCUGUAUUACAAUUUUAACUAUAUAUUUCAAUAUUAAAGAAGGAGAGGCAAGUAAGAUAAGAGAAGGAAAUUACAGUCAACAAAUUGGUAUUUUUUUACGUUUGAGUGUAAUUUCGGGACUAUUUUGGAUAACGGGCACCUUGAGUUCAGUUCUUCAAAGUGAGGUUUUAGAUUACAUCUUUGUUGUGACUUGUAGUCUACAAGGGUUUCUCAUUGCUGUAGCUAAUCUUACUACAAAACGUGUAUUCAGAAACAAAAACAAGUCAUCAUUCAGGACAUCAACUCGAACAUUAAGUCGAUCUAGUAGAAUUCUAACUAGAAAACCCACAGGUUAUCCCCGCAAAACACUUGAAAAAAGGAGGCUAAGUCAAAAUUCCUCCAACACUCUUGUUGUUGCCAGUUUGUCCUAGUUCGUUCAAUAUAUAAUGUAGUUGUUUGAUAUGAUACUAAAAACACGUUGUUCAAGUUAUUGUUAAAAGCGAACGAAUUCUUUAAAACGUUUUGGCUGUUCUGGUAACAUCCUUUUGGUUAUCAUGCUUUCAAACUUAUUUUGUCACACGCAUAUCUGAUGAUUGUUUAUCCAGAAGCGUAUGUUGUACACAUGAAUGUUAAAUAAUAAAUGGUUCUUUUUUG